AUGUCGCUGCAGGAAUAUUAUGCGACUAACUACUCAAGUUGUAAUAUUGAAUAUAGUUUUCUUGCUUCUUGGCAAGGACUUGCAUAUCCCAGUCAUUCCAUUCAACUUAUUUCUUUCCCAUUUCAAAUUUUCACAUCCUAUAUAAUUCUCCAGAAAACUCCAAAAACUAUGCAAAGUAUGAAGUGGCCCUUGUUUGUUAAUCACUUUGCCUGUGCUGCAUUUGAUAUUGCAAUAUGCACUCUCUCGACACCGUACAUAAUUUUCCCAAUCCUCGGUAUAUUCGGUGUCGGAAUACUUGGCUUUUUUGGAAUACCAUUCACAAUACAAGUGAGCAUGGGGAUAAUAUUAGGAAUGUGUAAGUUAAGAGAAUUUGAUGAAUGCUGACUAGAGCUGGAAAAAAGUUCUUAGUGAAUUUUAAUGAUUUUACCUGUUUAGAAUUUAUUAAAAUGACAAUCUACAUACGAAACAAGAUUUUUUUAAAUGAUUUUUCAGGUAUGCUGAGUUCCUAUAUAUAUUUGUUUGAAUGUAGAAGUAGCUUUCUGGCAGAGAAUAGGUUCCGGAUGACUCGAAAAACUACACGUUUUUGCUAUCAUUUGUCUACUUUUCUAUUUAUCGGCGCCUGUCUUAUCCCUUUUUCAAAUUUCCGGCCAACCAAGAAACUGCUAGACUUGAAGCAUUGAAAGUUUUUCCAUGUCCUACAAGAGAAUUCUUCUUGUUCGAUGUUUUAAUACUGCUACCGGAUGACAAUUAUUUACAUUUAUUUCUCUUUGUUCUGUUCCCGCUCAUUGUGGCACAAUUUGGUUCAAAUGUAUAGCAUUUAUUAUUUGUACAUUGCUCCAUCAAAUAAAGUUUCAAGGGAAACUCGCCAACUUCAGAAAACCUUCCUGAUUGGUGUUUCAUGUCAAACAUCUGUUCCUUUACUAUUCCUUGGCAUACCAUUUGUCCUGAUGCUUGCCACCAGUUUAAAUCCAGAUUCUCAGAAGACUAUGAAUAUUUCAAUGAUUGGCAUAGCUUGUCAUGGGCUCUCUGGAAGUAUUGCGAAUGUAACAGUUCAUCGCCCAUAUCGAACAGUAGUCAAACAAAUGUUGAAUAAUGCUUGCUGCAAAAGUAAGUAG